UUCACUUCGUCACCCAUCUUUUCAUAUCCUUCUCUUCAUUGUUUGCUUUAGAAAAAACCAUGGAAGUUCUCACAUUCACCGAGGAGUUCUCCAGCCCCGUCGUGGCUAAAAGGUUGUUCACGGCCAUGGUACUUGAGGCUGACACCCUCAUUCCCAAGCUCGCGCCGCAGGCUGUGAAGAGUAUUGAAACAAUCGAAGGCAAUGGAGGCCCUGGGACUAUCAAGAAGUUGACCUUUGUCGAAGGUAAGUAUGCGAAGCACAGGAUUGAUGCAGUGGACAAAGACAAGCUGACUCAUAGCUACACAACAAUUGAGGGUGUUACUUUGCUGGACAAAUUUGAAUCAAUUGCUUAUGAUAUUAAGUUUGAGGCCACCCCUGAAGGAGGAUGCAAAGGUACACUGGUGAGCAGGUACUUCCCAAAACCAGGUGCUGAAAUAAAGGAAGAGGAAAUUAAGGAAGACAAGGAAAAGGCAGCAGCAGUUUUCAAGGCUGUGGAAGCCUACGUAGUUGCAAAUCCUCAGGCCUACGCAUAAUGAUACUGCGAUGAGACACUCCGAGACACCACUUAGUGAUGCAUUAGACUCUCUGAUCACUGUAGUCUUGCUUCUAUAUAUGUUUACCAAAUAAGAGUAGCUUCUGCCUCUUUCUAAUAUAUAAUAAUUAUGAAAUUAAGUGUUUUACAUCUUUUCAAUUCCUGAAAGAAACUUCCCUGAAUGCUUUGAGUGUGAAUGGUAUGCUCACACCGUAUAGGAAAAAAUUUGACUUCACUACACAUGCAAAACUCUCUCUUUAUCAUAUUUUACCAUUAAAAAAAUUCGAUGUGGACUAAAUUGUAAUA